CAGCAGGCUGUCUCUCACUCCCUUCCUGCUGCAUCACAACAGGCGUUAGUAGCUCGAGUAGCAGUAGUUGACCGGGGGGACGGGAUAUCCACCGCUGAUUCAUUGAUAAAUAAACUCUAUUGACGCUGCAACACUCGACAACAUCCUAACACGGGAACUGGUUGCAGUGCGAUAAUCCCGCUCCAGCUGUUGGGACAUGGCCAGGCCGGAACAGGUUCUGCUCUUGGAGCCUCAGCACGAACUGAAAUUCCGAGGUCCAUUCUCAGACGUGGUCACCACAAAUCUCAAGCUCUCCAACCCUACAGACAGGAAUGUGUGCUUUAAGGUGAAGACGACAGCGCCGCGUCGGUACUGUGUGCGGCCAAACAGCGGAAUCAUCGAUGCAGGCACCUCAAUCAAUGUCUCAGUUAUGCUGCAGCCUUUUGACUAUGACCCCAAUGAGAAGAGCAAACACAAGUUCAUGGUUCAGUCAAUGCUAGCACCUCCUGACAUGACUGACAUGGAGGGAGUGUGGAAGGAGGCUAAACCAGAGGAGCUGAUGGACUCCAAGCUGAGGUGUGUUUUUGAGAUGCCGACGGAGAACGAAAAAACGCAUGAUAUGGAGUCCAACAAGAUGAUGUCGUCCAGCUCGCUGAAGUCUGAGUCCUCGCUGCCUGUGAAGUCAAUGAGCUCCACCCUUGAUGACGGGGAAGUAAAGAAGAUCAUGGAGGAGUGCAAGAGGCUGCAGAUGGAGGCUCAGAGGCUACGGGAAGAAAACAAACAGAUCAAAGAGGAUGAUGGUCUGCGGAUGAGGAAGAGUAACAUCAUGUCACCUCAGCACCCCUCAGUCGCGAUGAAGAAAGAGGAAGGGAUGAGCGCCCGUACGGUGGCCCUCAUUGUGCUCUUCUUUGUGAUGGGCGUCAUUGUGGGGAAGUUGGUCUUGUAGAGCACAGCGCAGUUCGGUCGGCCGCAGCAUGGGGAUGAAAACAAACACUGGAUUUGGAAUUUUGGAUUAUAAAACGCCAUACGUGCUGGGUAGGGGGUGGUACUAGUUUUGAUUCAGUCUCAUUUAUGUAAAAUAAUUCAAAAGGUAAUGUAUGAGGAAAAAAAAUGAAGAAAAAAACAACUUGUCAUGUUAUGAACAAACCUACUGUUACAGGUCUUGCCUCUACGUAAUCAUCACAUAGUCAUUCUGGCUCUCUUCCCAAAGUUUCAAAUAAUAGAGUUGACUGGUUCUGUGGGUGGGAGAAUGAUGGAAACAUGAAUUAACACUUGUGAUUCAGACCAGUGGAUUUUCUAGCACUGGCGAAGUAGUGUUGGUGCGAUUGAGUCAGUUUGCAGUCGUGCAAAUGUCAUUCUAGUGUAUCGAUGUUUCUUUUUCUAAGCGACGGAGGCCAGAGCCAAUGUAUAUGAAUACAAAAUCACCCCACUGUACAGUAUAUCCAGGUGUUCCUUCCAGCGAAACCCCCUUUAAGGAAGGGAUUUACCAGAGAGAUGAUCCACACAGUUCGGGGUUUUACACACACACACAGGGCUAUCUCCUCCAAUCAGAGGCUUUGUAAAAUCAGCUCGUCUUUGAUUGUAUGACAACUUUGAGCAGUGUAUGAAACACUAUGCCGUAGGUGUUUUCUUUCCUCAUGACCUUUUUUUCUUUUCACUCUACCAUAUUUCCCUCACUUGUCACUCACUGCUCACUGCAUCCUCCGACUGUCAGAGGGGGAUGUGUUUGAUUGCAUGCGUUCACACGGAGUGUUGCAUCUGGACUUUUGAAUCUAAAUUAGCUGCUUUUUAUAAUGGUGAUAAUAUAAUGUCAUUUGGCUGUAGGUUUGCACAACUACAUUUCUGAUUUUUUUUCUUUUGUGUUUUGUUGCAUUUUUAUGAUUUUAUUUUGAGUAAUUUUGUUUUGUCGUUAGGUUUGAUGCAUUUAAGAAUAUUGCAGCUACCUGAAAUGAGGAUUAGAUCAGUCGUGUAAAUCCAGAUGAAAGUCUUGCCUUGUGACCUGUUGGGGUGCAAGUUAUUCUCAGGCCAAGUUGGAGGUGUAUUAUGUACAGACGCACAUACACAAAACACAAAGCAUGCGUGCACAUAAUGAGAAACCACAAAACUAAAAGACGGUGCAUGAAGGAGGAGUGGUUUUAUGUCACUGACAACAGCAAACCACGUCAAGGUCCUCUUGCAAUGUCCAAACACAUUAAGCUUUGUCCUUUCCAGCUCUUUUCAUUCUCUCAUAUUGUCCUUUAACCAUACAUUUGUUUAUUUGGGGCAAAUGUAUGUCAGAGAUCAGCCGAGUGUUUUAAGCUGCCUAAACCCGCUUCCCCAGUUGAUGAGUUUCUUUGCUUACUCACGCUCUGCAGGCCUCUGUUCAGUUUUUUUGGGGUGUUUGUUGAGCAUUUUUCUGUCACUUAAAAUGUUAAAUCCUCACUGCAUUUGAAGUUGUGUUCAUUUUAAUGCACUAAAGGUUCCGAGUGUUUCUCCUUUGAACUUCCUGCCUCACACGAUGUUUUCUUUGUUUGUUUUUCCAUGAAGCGAAAGGUGGGAAAGUAUACAGUCAGCUAUAGCCUUGAGGGGACCACGUGAUGACAAUGUACUGUUUCCACAACCUUCAGAAAUAAUAAUAAUAAUAAAAAAGAAACAUAAAGCAUUCUCAAAUUGUUUCAGCUCCAAAUUUGCAUAUUAACACGGGAGAGCGUUUGUUAUUCUGCUCUGCAUUAAAAAAAACAGCUGGUCAUAUUUUGUAUCCCACUUUCAGUAAACUGUUGAACAGACGCAGGAGUCCACUCCCCUUUGCUGAAAGAUAUCUACGGUUAAUUUAGCUGGCGGGUAAGCGAUUAAAACAAACACGUGUAUGUUUCGACUGUAUCUCUAUGAAGUCGGUGGGUUUAGGAUGACUUGCUGCUUAAAGGGAGGGCAAAGCGAACCUAAAACUAGUCUCAUCUUGGAUUAUCAGACCUGGGUCAUACAGUGCUUGCAGAAAAUUGUUCUUGUUUAGUGAAUCCUGACUGGAGUAUCAGAACCUUUUUACACAAGAAAAAUACCCUAAAACAUCAGAAUAAUCCAUUUAUGUGACUGAAAAUGUAACUUUACCACUGCCCCUGGUGCAGUAAACUCCAUCAAUUUGCUACUUCAAGGCGGAUUAUACAAACAAAAAUGAUUAUGUGUGAACACUAAUCAAUCCAGGCCUGGUCGUAAAACACAUGACACUGAUCUGUCCUGGAGCCUGACCAUCACCGUGAUCAAUGUAAGCAGUUAAGAAACUGUUUUGUAUGUAUAUAAAUAAAUAAGUCUAUCUGAGAAAAAGAUUGAUAUUCCUAGUCAAGUAGUCUCUCUGGUGUAUAAAAAUAACCCAACCUGGUUGGACUAUGUAGCAUCUUAAUAAAUUAAAUGAAUAAAGCCCCUAAA